AUGUUCGGGAUUACACUCAAGAUUUGGGAACUCGGCCCGACAUCUUUCGGUAGCGACGGCAUUCAAUGGGGCGUAACUAAUAGAGCGAACUUCACCUUCAUUCUACCAAAGGAGGCUCCUGCCGGUCAAUAUCUCGUUCGGAUUGAACACAUUGCGCUUCAUGGAGCUGGGGACUUCGGCGGUGCCGAGUUUUACUUCAACUGCGCACAGAUCGAGGUCGAGAGUGACAGUAAGGAAACUCCGGGGCCAGUCGUUAAAAUUCCUGGUGUUUGUACUGGAUAUGAGCCUGGUAUUUCGUUUUACAUUUACCGCCACUACUGGAGGAACUAUACCAUGCCUAGCCCCAAAGUCUGGCCGCUCAGUAUCGGUAACUCCAUCUACGCCGAGGGUGUAACUGGCACCCCCACGGGCACUUGGUCGGCGCCAGCUGUGACUCCUAUGAUUGGGUCCACAACGGCCAUAUCUAGCAGCGAAGUGUCUAGAUACUCUACCCUGUUGGCCGCGUCACACAAAGUCCAAUACCCCUCUAGCAAUGUUCCCACCAUGUCCGUGGUGACAUCCGAGGCCGCAGCCGAGACCACAUCUAUCCUGAGCUCCUCAGAUCAAAUCACCGAUAAUGAUUGCGAGACAGUCACGGUUACUACCACGACCACCACCACCAUUCCUGAAGAUUCUCUUGCCACAAUGGAGAGCGCUUGUGUUCCUGAUAAAAUCACGACUACAGCCACAGUCACCGUCUUUGCAACAGGCAAUUAA